AUUUGCUAGGUUUCGGAAACUGAUCUAGACGUCUGGAGGAGAAAGAGGCCAUAGGAUUUUUCCGUCGCCGCGAUGGGUAUUUCUCGUGAUUCCAUCCACAAGAGGCGUGCAACUGGUGGCAAGCAGAAGCAAUGGAGGAAGAAGCGAAAGUACGAGUUGGGAAGAGUUGCCGCAAACACUAAGCUUUCAAGCAACAAAACAGUCAGGAGGCUUAGGGUUAGAGGAGGAAACAUUAAAUGGCGAGCUUUGAGACUCGACACGGGAAAUUUCUCGUGGGGUAGUGAGGCUGCCACCCGCAAGAGUAGAAUCCUCGAUGUGGUGUAUAAUGCAUCAAAUAACGAGCUUGUCCGCACCAAAACAUUGGUUAAGAGUGCUAUAGUUCAAAUCGAUGCCGCACCCUUCAAGCAAUGGUACCUCUCCCACUAUGGUGUUGAGGUUGGCCGCAAGAAGAAGGCAUCAGCUUCUUCAGGCAAGAAAGAAGAGGAAGGUGAAGAUGGUGCCGAGAAAGCUGCAGCCCCCGAGGAGACAAAGAAGAGCAACCAUGUCCUGAGGAAGCUCGAGAAACGUCAACAGAACCGAGCUCUCGACUCCCACAUCGAUGACCAGUUCUCAACUGGUCGUUUGCUGGCUUGUAUCUCAUCAAGGCCGGGCCAGUGUGGUCGUGCUGAUGGAUAUAUUUUGGAGGGUAAAGAGUUGGAGUUUUACAUGAAGAAGAUUCAGAAGAAGAAGGGCAAGGGUGCUGCCUAGGGUUUUUGUUUCUUUGUCUGAACCAUUAGUUGCUGAGAAAUGUUGCAUUUUCAGGUUCCUCUAACCAUAUUGCUGUAGUAGCAUGGUUAUGAGAUUUCAUAGACUCUCUCAUACAACAUUUUUGUCUGAAUUUAUACAGCAUUCACAUUGAAUUCAGUCUUGGCUUUUUGCAGAUGUUUA